GUGUCUGAGAGUGGAGGGUGUACACCUCGCUGCCGCUCCUGCCACCAUGGCCCUUCAAGCCGGCGACAACAUCCGGCCUAAGGUGCCACGCCCACCCAGCGAAACCAGGAAAAUCCGCAAGCCGCUGAUGGAACGGAAGCGUCGUGAGAGGAUCAACACAAGUCUGAACGACCUAGCGACGCUACUGACGGAGGCGCGGCUGGUGAAGAGCGAGGCUGGACGACCCACCAAGCUGGAGAAGGCUGACAUCCUCGAACUCACCGUCAAACACAUGCUGAGUCUCAAGGGCCGCGCCGGUGGGGCCUGGCAGGGCACUGACCCUACUUCCCCUACCUCGAAGAGUCAUGAGGAGGCCCUGAAGGGUAGUUCUGCUGAAGGGGUAAUUCCCCAGGGCAGACCCGCUGUGCAGGAAUACGAUGUUCCACAGGGAGGUACAAGCCCACUGGGAAGUGUUCCACAGGGGAACAACAGUACACAAAGAGGUCCUGUUUCAGGGGAAGACACCAUUCCACAGGGUGCCAAAGUGCAACAAGGAGAUGGCACUGCGCAAGACGACGCUAAUGCACAAGGCAUUGUUGCACAGAGAUCCACCUCAUCUCCAGUAACUAAUGCCAUGACACUCCAAGCUUCAGAAGACAAGGUAUCUGCAGUGGUUGCCCAAGGCACAGCUCCUACGAUGUGUCCUACGGGCAAGGACGAAAACUACAGGCUGGGAUUCAAAAGGUGCAUGAGUGCCAUAGACAGUGCCAUGAAGCAAUAUCUGGAGAACCAACAGGACAACAUCCGGCCGCGGUUGCUCCAACACCUACACAACUUUCUGAUGAUGAUGGAGGGCAAGAACUCCACCUCAUCUGGGGACACGGAGUACGCUAGUACAUCCACCUCAAAAAUCAGUACACAAGGACAACCUCCAGCUCACGCAACUGCUCCUAGCAAAACUGUUACUAGCUCCUUCAAAGGUGAAGCUUCGAGUUCUCCAGUAACUGGCAUUACGCUGGUACCUACUCGUCUUCCCGGUGGGGGCCUGGCUUUCGUGAUCCAGGGCCCCCUGGAUCCAUCGGUGCUCCUGCGUACUGCUGAAGACAUUAAAAACCUUGAUUCUCAGAAUGUGUCAAAAAUCGGUAUAAGAAAUGUUAAGGCCGAGGUGCAGCACCCUCCUGCAGCAACUACAGCAGGCACCGUCGUAUCUAACACUGUACAGGUGUCGAGUGCCACAGCUACACCUGCGAAAUUAGAACCCGGGAAGGUAAAAACCGAGAAAAGCAAGUGUGAAAAUAUGAACGAUAUAUCAAAACCCAGUUGUACAGAAAAUCCUCUCAUGGAAGAGCAAACAUUUACUACUGCACCUGGAAAACUGACAGCAAACUCUGAGGUUAACUGUUCAGAGUCCAGUAUUUCUGCGUCAUCACCUGUGACAUCAGUGACGCCACUAAUACCUUCCGUGAAGGUGACAUCAUUUAAUAAACCUGCAGAGAAGUCAGCAAGUAAACAGAAUCUUCACAGACUGCCUCCCACACCUCCUACCCCACCAACCAGGGGAAACACCCUGUAUAUCAACGCCAUCUCAACACAGACAACCACUGCAAGCGACAGAGGACAAACAUUCUUGCCCUGCCCUACACUUCCUGAUAAACAGUUCACGUAG